CCCUCUCCCGUCUCGGACUCUCGGCUUCUCCACUUGCCGGAUUCCGCCCUCGUCUCUCGUCUCUCACACUCUCACUACUUUCUUCAUCGUCUCUCACCGCCUCACUCCCUUACGCCCUCUGCCCUCGCUCCUCACAUCCUCAGAUGCCAAACACUACCCAGUCGCCGACUCAGCGCCUGCAACUCGCCAACUCCUCCGUCUCCUCGUCCAGUCGUCCUCAAGGAGUCAAGGAUAGGGAGUCACUGGACACUGGCCAGCUCUGCCUCCACCGCCUCGUCAGUCGCCACCAGCUCUGCCUCCGACACAACAAGACGUGCUACGCAGGACAGAGAGGACACCGGCUCACUGCUGGCUGCCUGGCCGGAGUUGUCGCCUCACCACCAGCUCCGAGCCUCCUACACGACGCCAAUUCUAUUCUUUUUCAAGAGAAAGUGAAAGGGGAUGCAGAGCUUUACCAAAUCUGCAGCCCCACUUUGCAGCAGCGGCCAUUGUCACAGAAUCAACUCAGCUCCCUGUAAAAGUGUCAUCUUUGGAGGUGUUCUUAAUUCUAAGCCUCAACGCACCUUAAUCCUCAAGCAACUUUCUUCUUCCUCUUCUUGGAUGCUUUCCCAAAA